AUGUUUUUCCGUCGUCCUCGCAGAAGGGAUUCGGACGAGGCGUGGGAGGUCGUCGACAGCCAGUCUGUGGAGGCCGUGCCAAUGAUCUAUGAAGGUACGCGGGACCUACCAGACGUAGACAUCCAGGACGUGGCAGACGCAGACAUUGUCGGCACGUACCUCUUCGAGGUCGACCCCCAUACGCGUCGUAGUCGGCGAGAAAGCUUCGAGAAAGCUAUCAUUUUCGCGCGGCGAGAACUCUUGCGAGAGACGGAGAAACGGGGCUUCAACAUGCUAUUGCAUGAAAGCUGGACUGCGACCCUCUUGCGAAGAGGCGACCGGGAUCGCGUACAGGUUCGGUACAGUGGUCGGGGUACGUCGGCUGUCAUCCGGAUUGGCAUGAAUGUCCUUGCUGACACACUCUCAGGUGCCCUUGCCGAAGGUGCUGACGACGUGCACUCCCGGCCACCGCCAUACUUGGAAGUCUUGCGCAACUGA